AUGACAAACCUGUCUGUUAGCGUGGAGCCAUAUACAUCUUUCUUCGACGAUGUCAGUGACGAUGCCGUCGUGACCACGGUCGAGAUGAUCGUCGGUGGCGGUGGCGGGUCGACGCGUUACAAGUCGAUCAACAACCUCCAAGGCCUUAUCCUGGGUACGAGCCUCGUCAUCCUUAUCAUCGUCACCAACCUGCUCAGCCUCGGUGCCUUCGCGGUCGAGAAGCGUCUUCGCACCUACAACAACUACUUCAUCAUCAACCUCGCCCUCUCUGACCUCGCCGUCGGGAUCCUCCAAAUCGUCGGUGUCAUCCACACAUUCAACGGUUACUUUCCAGGCGGCCCAGAAUUCUGCAAGGUUUACCUAGGUCUGCGCAAUGCAAUGUUUUCCGUCUCUGUGGUCGGCGUAGUCAUCAUCUGCAUCGAUCGACAUCGUGCGACCUACGACCCCAUCAACCACUACAUGACAAAAAGCAAGCGCAAGGCUGUCAUCCUCAACAUCCUAACCUGGGUCAUCGCCUUCAGCUUCUGGAUGUUCUAUGCCACCGUCUGGGACUUCGCCAUUAAUUCCAACCCCGGGAAGAGCUGCCUCGCCUCGUUCUCGAGAAUCCCCGCCGCCAACAUGUUCCAGACUGUCUUGACCAUCUUUCUCCCGCUCGCAGUCAUCUCCGUUCUCUAUCUCCGAAUCUACAUCAAGAUCAAGGAAACGGUCGGGGGCAAGAGUAUCAACAAGCAAUUCGGGGAAGGUGAGAUGUCGAAAUCGACCAGUCUGACGACUGUCUGCAGCGAUUUGUCAUCCAGUGGAACGAUGGAGAUGACGAAAUCAAGCGCUCAAGUGAAAACCAACGGCGACACCUCCGGCAAAGGCGGAAAGGGGGAGGCCGGAAGUAACCGUCCUGCUACUGCCAACCGCGAAACCGCCAAUGAAAUGCAGAAGGCCACCCGCACCCUAUCCUACAUCGUUUUUUCCUUCGCCAUCGCCUGGAUACCUAACUCCAUCAUCUAUUUCCUGUACGCCAUCGAUCCACAGCUCAUCGCUUACGAGAACCUACCGCGGGAUGUGAAGCAGUUCUUUGUCUGGGUUCGCUUCGCCAACAGCUUCUUUAAUCCUAUCUGUUAG